AGCUCUUUCAGUUCCGGGAGCCAACCUUCCGUUCCUGACCCCUGGUGAGCUGGUGGUGAGGAAGGCAAAUGCAAUGCUGGCAUUCAUUUCCAGAGGACUGGAAUCGAAAAGCAAGGAUGUAAUUUUGAGGCUUAAUAAGACACUGGUGGGGCCUUACUUGGAGUAUUGUCAGUACUUUUGUGCCUGCCCCUAAUCUUGGAGAAAAUGUGCUUAUUUUGGAGAGGGUUCAAAGGAGAUUUGUGAAAACGAUUCCAAGAUUGAAAGGGAGAGGGCUCCCGCCAUGAACAAGCUGAGGCAGAGUCUACGACGGAAGAAGCAGCCGUACGUGCCUGAAGCGAGUCGCCCGCAUCAGUGGCAGUCUGACGAAGAAUCGGUGCGAAAGGGCAAGUGCAGCUUCCCAGUCAGGUACUUGGGCCACAUGGAGGUCGAAGAAUCCCGAGGGAUGCACGUGUGUGAGGAAGCCGUGAAGAAAUUCAAAACCGCAGGGAAGAAGUCGGUGAAAGCCAUCUUAUGGGUGUCGGCUGAUGGUCUGAGAGUGGUGGACGAUAAAACCAAGGACCUCAUAGUGGAUCAGACGAUCGAGAAAGUUUCCUUCUGUGCUCCCGACCGGAACUACGACAAAGCCUUUUCGUACAUCUGCCGGGAUGGCACCACCAGGCGAUGGAUCUGCCACUGCUUCAUGGCACUAAAGGACUCGGGGGAGAGGUUGAGCCACGCUGUGGGCUGUGCCUUCGCCGCCUGCCUGGAGCGGAAACAGAAACGGGAGAAGGAAUGCGGGGUGACGGCCUCUUUCGACGCAAGCCGGACGAGCUUCACCAGGGAGGGCUCCUUCAGGGUGACCACCGCCUCCCAGCAGGCCGAGAGGGAGGAGAACAUGAAGCAGCUGCAGGACAAGAAGAAAGGUGAGACGGCGGUGGUGGGCAGUCCUGCCGCAGGAUCGGCAGCCCCCCCGUCCGGCAGUGCCUCGCCCCCUCAGGGGGCAGCCUCGCCCGUGGACAAGAGUGAGUCGAACCCCCAGCACGCCAUCCCCCGAAGGCACGCGCCGCUGGAGCAGCUGGUGAGGCAGGGCUCCUUCCGAGGGUUCCCCGCCCUCAGCCAGAAGAACUCGCCCUUCAAGCGGCAGCUGUCCCUCCGCCUCAACGAGCUUCCCUCCACCCUGCAGAGGAAGACGGCCGAGUUCGAAGUCAAGAGCCCAGUGCCGGAGUUUGACUCGUCCCCCAGCAAUGAAGCAGGCAGCGUGGAACCCCUCUGCCCGCAGGGUAACGCAGCCGUCCACAAGCCCCCCGCCGACCCGUUCUCCAGCACGCCGGCCAGCGGUCUGAUCACAGCGGGUGUCCCCACACCCCCCCCACAUGCACCGCAGGGGGCCGGAGGAUGGGUGGACGUUGCUGCCGCCACCACGGUGGGCGGGCCCACUGUGCUGAGCUCGGCCUCCUUCCAGCCAAGCCACCGUCGGACGCCCUCUGAGGCCGAGCGAUGGCUGCAAGAGGUGGCAAAGGCGGCCCGGGCUCAGCAGCAACCGGUUUCUGUGCCAAUGGGGCCUCCCGUCGUGCCCGUGGCCCUGGACGCACCCACCAGCCUCUUCGGUCCGCCGCCCCUGCAGCCCGCCUUUGUGCCCAUGGCAACCUUCCCACCACCAGUUGGGGGGUUGGCCAAUGGCCUGACCUUCCCCUCCGCCAGCGUGCCCGUGGUGGGCAUCACCCCCUCGCAGAUGGUGGCCAACGCCUUUGGCAGUGCCCAGGUUUCGCACGGCUCUCAGGGUUCCGGCGUCAAGGUCCCCUCCUUCCCGCCGGCCUUCGGGCUCACCCCCCCGUCCUCCUCCGCUCCUACUGCCGUCCUCCAACCCACUCCCGCCCGGCAGCCCAACGGCACAGGGGCUGCCAUCUCCUGCCAACCAGCCGGGGCUUCGCUAGGCCGGGGACCCUGGCUGCCCGAAAACCCGGCCCAGGAGGCCGACCGCUUCGAAGCCCAGUGGGCCGCCCUGGAGUCCAAGGCCCAGCCGCGGGCCACCACCCUGCCCACCAACCCCUUCACCGCUGACCUGCAGAAGACCUUCGAGAUCCAGCUCUGAGAGGGGCCCCGGCCCUGCCGCAGAACCACUGAGAAGGAACACUUGGAAUUUCCUCCCACCUCUCCGCGCCAGGCGCCCAAUGAGAGAAGGCCGGCCCCACUGUCUCUGGUGUCUGAGCCCCCACCCACUCUGGGGAAGGUCCAGUACAAGCCUUGAGCUGUGGGAGGAGACCCCCUCCCACCACUUCUCCUCUCCCUCCCUCCCCUUCUCAUCCCUCAAGUAUCCCUUCUUAGUAGCGACCUCACUGUAGUGAGAACGUUGGGCACACCCGUGGAGUCUGCGUGGGGAGCUUGAUUUCGGCUGGGCAGCAGCAGCCGCAGCCUCCGGUUUCCUCGUGCCCACCCCCCCCCCCCAUUAGCUCCACCAUUUUGGGAACCAGUGGGCUGGGAUUCAUGCACUUAGACAGAAGCCCGAGUCUUCCCUUCCCUCCAAGCCCUCCCCCACAUUCUUGCACCUUACUGCAGAAAUCUAGACAACUCUGUCAGCUUUGAAAUUUCGCACAAAGAGAGAGCUUAUUUUCCUCUUUAAGCUUCCUGGUGGCUCUUUUAAUCCUUUCAAAGAAUCUUAAAAUCCAGAUCACAUGCUGCCAAGUCAACCGCCGACCGAAGGCCCGAUCUGUGCUAAACAGAGCCAGGUGAUUUCGUCGCAGUGUAUUCUAAGUGUGAAAGGGCUGAAGUUAGGAGGGAGGUAGGGGCCUGUGGCCUGUUGGCUUGUGCUUGUACGUCCACUGGCUUUGGAACUAGGGUUAUCUGCUGGCAGGCUGGGGGUCUCCCAUGGUAGUUCUCCCAGGAGACAGGGCCAAAACAGAAACGGCAACCAAUUUCCUCACGGCUGUUUCUUUGGGAUGAAAACAGAACACUGGAAAGGCUCAGUAACAGUGGGAAAGAUCGAAGACCAUUGUCCUGAACCGAAAACUCUGCUUCUGUCCUACACAGAUGCUGCCCGAUCUGCUAAGUAUUUCUGGCAUUUUAUUUCGGAAUCGCAACAUCUGCAGAUUCAACUUUUCAUUUCCAAUUUGCAUCCUUGAGAUUUGGCCCAAGUUAUCUCAGCCUGAUUUGGUCCGGCCUGGUGGUACGCAGGUGCCCACUGAGGUCCAAACACGCAGGUAGCUACAGUGAUCACAGAUUUUGACCUUUGAGGCAGGAAAGUAUAUGACACUUUUCCUUUAAAAUUAAGAUAGUGUAGAGAUAUUCUAUAUUCUAAGGUAUUUUGGUAAAAAUAUAUAUAUUUACUAAGGUUUUUGACUUUUUUUUUUAAAUGACUCUCAGAGAAGACUUGACCACAACAUAAGUAUGGACUCUUCAAUUUCUUAAAAGCUAUGCAACUGAACACUAGACAUGGCAGGCCAGCAUUGAAAGCCUCGUCCAGUCCAGGGACCAAGAAGUCUUUACCUUCCUUGUAGCAUCCCUUCUGCCCUCAGGAUGUCCGAAAGCAGCCAACGGGAGGCUUGGUUGUUAUUGUAAGGUGGGUGGUUGGUUGGGUCGAGAUGGUAGAGAGAAGGCCUGUGGUUUUUCUCCCCUCUAGUUUUGAGGAAUAUGCCCGUUUGCUGUUCCCUCCUCGGCCAAUGCUUCAUCAAGGCUUUCCUCUACCUCACAGAGUUAAAAUAAUUCACUUGUUCGUCCAGCGUCUCUCGUUAUCCCCAGAUGGACCACUGUGUUGUGACAACAAAUGGCCUUCCCCAGUCCACUGUUAGUUUGAUCAUCGAGAUCAAAUUCCCCAGCCAGGGGUGAGUAGGGACACUUGGCCAGACUUCGAGUUGCUCCCUGCUGAUGGAUCUCUCUUUAUUUUCUGAUCCUUGGGGUUCCUCCGAGAGUCAGGAAUGAUGAGCAGAAUUCCAAGAUUUUAGUGUAUUUUAGAGUACAAACAUCCAAUUAAUAACCAAUAAACUACGCUAAAGGAUAUGAGACAAGGGAAUAAGGAUGGCACCUCUGAAAAAUCCAUAAUUUUUAUAGAUAAGAUGAGGGAGAUUCCUUAGAUAGGAAUAAACUAAUUAAGAGCCUACACGACUAAUGGCAUUACAUGGGUAAUUCUUAGCCAAUAAAAAAAAAUGAGAAAGGUGAUAAACCGUUAGUUUAGCUGCUAUACCACUUUCUGCCAGUGAGUGUGAAAAAUACAUACAGGAGUUUGUUAAAAAGUACAAUUCUUAUAAAAAGUAUUAUUUUAAAAUAACAGUGUUGAUUUUCCAACACUGCCAAAACAAGGACCCUUGUAAGUGAGGGAACAAUGUGGAAUUAUGUGAUGCAAACUCCACUCAGAAAAAUCAAUAAGCAAGAAAUAGAAUCAUUGUUAUCCCUGUUGUCAUUACAUCAAGAGGUGUUCAGCUCACCCCAAAGGAGAUCCAGAUGUGAAUCCGAUUAACCACCCGUUAGAAUAGUGGCCCUGCAGUCUGCGACGGUGUAACAGCCUGGGCAGGGAGGUGAUUCUUAAGGGGCAUCCUAUGGGAGAAGAGGUUUGGAGAGUGAAUUCUCUCAUUGCAGAGUAAUAUUGCACUUUACAGGCCCCUCGGUCCACAAUGAUGUACCAGCCCUACCUCCCACCUAACCCUUCCCUCUCACAGAGCAUUCCAUUUUUCUACCAUCCAUGCGCCUAUCUAAAAGACCCUUAAAUGUCCCUGAUGCCUCCACAACCACCCCGGCAAUGCAUUGCAUGUAAAGAACCUACCUACCUCUGACAAUUUCCCUUUACUUUCCUCCAAUCACAUUGAAAUUUUGCCCACUCAUAUUAGCCAUUUCAGCCCAGGGUAAUCUCUGUCUGUCCACUUGAUUUCUUCCUCUGUCAAGUCACCGAAGGUGAACAGAUUUCAGAGGACUGGGGAUGAUGAGAAUAAGAUGUAGAAGAAUUUAAAAGCAAGAAUGUGAAUUUUAAAUAAAAAAAACAUGAAAUACUGACAGAACUCAGCAGGCCAGACAGCAUCUAUGGGAGGAGGUAAUGACAACGUUUCGGGCCGAAACCCUUCAUCACUACCUCCUCCCAUGGAUGCUGUCUGGCCUGCUGAGUUCUGCCAGCAUUUCGUGUUUUUUAUUUAUUUCUAGCAUCUGCAGAUUCACUCGUGUUGCCUUGUGAAUGAGAAUUUUAAAUGGUUUAGACCAUAAGACGUAGGUAUAGAAUUAGGCCAUUUGGCCCAUCAAAAUGCUCCACCAUUUAAUCAUGGCUGAUACUUACCGCCCCCCCCCCCCCCAGCCCCACUCCCCAGUUUAGGGAAAUCAACAGGCAACUCUGCUUUUCGGAGUUCAGCCUGGGUUCAGUUUAAGCUGAGGUUUGGUGUCCAGGCCGUUAGUGAUGUUCUGAAGGCCCAGGCAAAGCCUUGGGACAUUCCCUUCUUCCCAUGACACUUCCUCCUUCCUGAUUAUAUUGCACAAUUUUACAUUCACAUUUUCCUUCCAUUUAAUAAUUUACAAGCCCUCUAUUAGAAGCAAUUUCUUUUACCUGAUGAAUAUUGAUGAGGAAGUUAAUACGACCGGUUGCCAUGGUUACAGUCUACAGUCUUUGUAGGCCAAUUCCGUGCUGUAAUGUUUACAGGGGCACCUCAUUGGCUAUCGUUCAGUGGAAGAAUUGCCUGUUAAUGUUUGUGGAAACCAGUCAGUUGUUCCUGGUUCAUUUCCCCACCUCCCGCUAACCGCCCUUGACGCCUGCUCCCAAUACACUGCCUUUAUUUACGAGCAGACUGGGAAAAAAUAAGGAGGAGGCAUAUAAGUCUUUGAAAGAUCAGUGGGUAGGGAUUAAGGGCUGUGGAUUCCGAGGAGGCCUGGGGCAGAUCAGUCACAAUUUGAAAGACCAGGACUGGCCAGAAGGGCCGAGUGGCCAAUCCCACUCCUAGAACAGCGCACGCCAAUCUGCUGGAGGGACUCAGCCACUUGAGCAGCAUCUGUGGAGGGAAUGGCUGAAGGCCCGGCCGUGAGUUCCAAAUAGCAGUCACUCUCUGGGACAAAGAAAAACUUAGCCCUCAACUCCCCUUCCUCACCUGAAACCCAAAUCCUUUUAUUUCAGUACCCCUAGCACAGCAAAACGACUCUGACCAUCCAUGCAAUCUAAAGACUAAGGGUCCGAGGAUGUGCUAGGAGACAGCCCGCAUGUUGCCACAUAGUAUGCCCACAAGAUAUCCCAGCCUGUCCAAAUGUGGGAGGAAACCAGAGCACUCGGAGGAAACCUACACAGUCACGGGGGGGGGCGGGGCUGAAGGUUCAAACUACUUUGAGGUAGUGGAGGGAAUUGACAGGCGCUGUAAAGCGUUCUGCUAACCACGACCCUGCCUGACAUAUUUGUGUCAGAUCACCCCUCAGUCUCCUUGGCUCUGGGAAACGCGUGCCCAACCUCAUCCAAUCUCUCCAUGACUGUCCUUCAGAAGCGGUUUGCCAUUGCCUCCUUCUGGGCAGUGUCUUUACAAGACGGGUGAACCCAGCCAUUAUCGAUACUCUUCAGAGAUUGUCUGCCUGGUGUCAGUGGUCACAGAACCAGGACUGUGAUCUGUACCGGCCGCUCGUACGACCACCCACCACCUGCUCCCGUGGCUUCAUGAUCGGGAGGCUAAGCAGGUGUUACACCUUGCCCAGGGUGACCUGCAGGCUAGCAGAGGGAAGGAGUGUCUCAUGCUUCCAUUGGUAGAGACACAUCUCCACCCCAGACUAAUUCAAUGCUCCUUCAUUUCAUAACCAAACUCUAGUAGAACUCCGGCUCCUUCCAAUAAUUUUAUACCUCCCCUGAUAGCGCCCCCUACCUGUUGCUCAUGCCACACAAAAUCCUUAAAUAAUUAUAACCAUUUAUAGUUUAUAAAUCCAUAUUACUGCUUUUUUAAAGUACAAGUAAUAUAUUGCUUUAAAUUAAUUUUUUUUAAAAGAACCUACCUUUACUAAAGCCACGCAAGAUCAGACAUCUAAAGGUGACGUCUAGGUGUAGGUCUAAACUGAAGCCUGCGGCCUGCACUGUUGUGGUGCCUCGGAAGUUCCAGGGUUUGGCGCAGAGACGCACAUGGGGGCGGGAGGGAGCUGGACUGAGGGGGAGAGGGUUGUAAAAGUUCAAGUGUCGGGGAGGGAAUUCCAGAGGUUGAGAUGCGGGUACCUAGGGGUGAUGAAACUUUAUCUGCCCGGGGAAAGGCCAUUGAGCUAUAGGAGCAGAGCCAGGCCACACAGUCUGUCGAGUCUGCCAUUCUGACUUUGCUUUGGGGGCUUUCCCUCUGUCCGCUGUGUCCCCGUCAGCAGGCAGUUCACAAAGUGCUGCCACUCGCAUGGAUGUUCCUUUUACAAAGCUGCUUUCGUCCCUCCAUACCACUCCUACCACCCUUCCUCCACCCCCCACCCUACUGGCCAACCGUGUCCCUCUCUACCCACCCAAUCGACCGUCCGUCCCCCCCCUCCCCCCUGCACCGGGAGGGACAACGUGCGCCAGAACCUCACUCCCGUCCCGCCUAGGUAGCACUGACUGAUCUAAGAUGCCCUGAUCCGUUGUCCUCAGUGCUGUGAGGGGCGACGUUACUCCCGUCCUGGCAGGACGCUGGCAAAGUGGGACACAGUAGGGCAGGGCAUACCAGGCGCCGCGUGGGCAGCACUUUACCCGUGGAACUGACGUGAAAGCGCAGAAUCCACUUCCCGUCCAACAGUCCAGCCCUGGAGAAGUGGACGUGUACGUUGUACGUUGGGGGGGGGGGGGGUGCGGGGGAGGGGAGACAACAGAGGAGGCCAGUUCAAUGUGACGCCACCCUGUUUUCAAAAACAAAACAAAACUAUUCCUCAUUCGAUUCCGGCCAUUGGCGGCGUUGAGAGUCCAUCCAGAGGAGGGGGAUUCUCUUGAGGUCCAGUCAAGGGAUACCCCGGUUUCCCAUGCCUUAUGUCUUAAUAUUACCUGGCGGAGAUAAGGGAGCUUUUGGAAAGCCAGGAUCUCGCACCCACCUGUGUUACGUUUCCAUGCAUGGGGAAAUAUUGCAUUGUGGGGUUUUAAAUUAAUGCCAAAUUCUUAUUUUAUAUGUAUUAAUAUAUAUUUGAAAUAGUUAUUGUUUAUUAAGCUCAAAGUAAUAGCAAUCAUCAUCAUCAGAACCAGGAGGUGAGUUCAGUCUUUGAAGAUAGUCUCAUCUUUUGGGAAAUUGUCUGGUUGGCCACGAAAUGCUCUGACCUCGAUCCACUAUCAGGGUUUACAAUUAGGGCCGGGACCAAUCACCCAUCGUGUCUGCCUGCCAAUGCUUUGUCCUCUCACAGACAGGAUGGUGGGACCAAAACUCCUCGCUCCACUCCCAAAUCAUUCGCUUUGCCUCGACUUGUUUCCUGUCCUUCUCCGAGCUGUUGGUGGCAUUUGUGUCAGUGUCCUUGGGCUGGGCUGCUUCUCAUUGAGUUAAUAUAGAACAGUACAACACAAAUAGGCCUUCAGCCCAUCUAGCCCAUGCCAAAACCAUUUAAAUGGUCUACCCCACCAGGACCACAGCCCUCCACACCCCUACCAUCCAUGUACCUAUCCAAACUUGGCUUAAAUGUUGAAAUGGAGCUCGCAUGCACCACUUGCGCUGGCAGCUUGUUCCAUUCUCUCACCACCCUCAGAGUGAAGAAGUUUCCCCUCCUGCUCCUCUUAAACCUUUCACCCUGAAUUCAUGGCCUCUGGUUGCAGUCCCACCCAUAACGACAGGUUGAUCUGCAAUGGCUUCCAAUGGCCCUGUGGAAUCCUCACAAUGAGAUAAAAACCUCUCCAUCCUUGCAGAUCCAGAUUCUGCCUGGUUCCUGAUGGAAGCCAGUUUUGCCCACAUCUCCCCCCGCCCCCCACACACACACACUGCAGCCUCCCUGGUACCGUGCAGGAGUAAAACUCAGAGUGAGUUCUCCACUCAAAUGAUGGACACAGAGAAGACAUACAAUAUGCAGAUGGAUGCCUCAUCUCCCUCAUUCACAGCACAUCUCUCAUUCAGAUUCACAUUUAUUCAGCACUUGUACAUCAAAACCUACAGUGAAAUGCUCCAUUUGCAUCAACAGUCAACGCAGCCAAAGAUGGGCCCUGGGCAGCCCAAAAGUGUCGUAGCUUGCCCGCAAUGUUCAGCAGACCUCCGACCCUAGGCAGAACGAGUCUGUCCCUCCCUCCCACCCAAUCACACUCACAGCACGUGGCCCCGGCACUUUAUUCUGUGCCCUCCCCAGUGUCCCCUUCUGCCCUAGAUAAUUGACAUUUGGAAAUUCACUGUCCUCUGUGCUGUUGCUGUCCACUGCAGAAUGCUGGAGUUGUCCCACAGUGUUGUUACAGAACAGUGGGUGGAGAGGGGAUGAAUUUUCACCCCCCCCCCCCAUUCCCUGAAUUCAUAUUCCUUUCUAUUCGUCCCAUCGAGUCCUUGCUGGUUCUCAGAGCAAUGACAUCCACCUACUAAUUCCCCCCCAUCCCCACACUGCAAUGCACAACAGUACAAGGGCUUCUGCCCGUGAUGUUAUGCCAACCUGAGUGUAAGCCUUCCCUCCCACACGGGGUCCCUUUCUCUAUCAUCCAUGUGCCUAUGCAAACAACAGCAAAGCCCCAAGGAGAGACCCUGGUCUACAGUCCAUCAAAAACUAACUGUUCACUCCAACAUUCCUAGGGCCCUCUCUCUCACUAAGGGAGGGAGGGACAGAUAUCACUCCUUCCACAGCAAGAAGAGCGGCAAACAGGCGCUGUUUCGAUGUAAGUCACAGUCUGAAGCCUCGUCUUUAUUUCAAGUUCCCCGACUCGAGAAUCGGCACCAAUCUCUCUCUCUCUCUCUCUUGCGAUGGUGAGAGAGGGGGAGAAGCUGCUCCCCGAGUCCUCCCACUGUCAAAUGCCACACCUCUUCCACUGGGAAGACUUAACAGAACUAAAACACCACCAAGCCAAGAGUAUCGCCAGACAAUUUUUCAAAACAUGCUAUCGGUGAAUUCAUGAAGAUAUUUAAAAUCCUUUAACCUCUUAGUAUUAGCUUUACUUGACCAUACCUUUUUUUUCGUUAAAAAUGACCAAGUACUGUAUUUAAGGGCCUGCAGAUCCACUUGCUGUUAAUCUUCCAGUGGUGGACGUGGCCCAUGUCAUAUUAUGGGCAUCUGUACCGGGCUUUGUGUUUAACCUGUGGAUAUGUUCCAAUAAACUGAUUUACCAUACAACACUA